UCAGCCGGUAAACAGACGUUUCAGGGAAAGUUUCUUCAGAUGUUGAGACCCUACAGACUUCUUCAUGAGUGCGCAGGUGUGUGUGUUGUACUUCGCUAAGAGCGUGGAGCUGACUGGACUGAAGGAGGAGGAGUUUGUUGCUGUGCCGACACCAAUCAGCAGCCGGGACCUCUGGAGGCUGUUGUUACAGCGACACCCAAGACUCUCUCUCCUGCAGCAUCAGGUGGUGUUGGCGGUGCGUCAGCAGUACGUUGCCAUCGGCGACCAGGUGGUAACCCUGGAAGACGGGGACGAGGUCGCCGUGGUGCCACCGCUCAGCGGAGGAUAAACACAAGCAUCUCAGAUGGAGGAGUCGGGGGGGCGGAGCGACAUCUUCAAGUUGAGCCGUGAUUGGCUCUCUGUACAGGAAGUGGUCAGCGCCGUCGGCAGCUCUUCCUGUGGAGCCAUUUCAUUAUUCAUAGGUACGACCCGCGAGGACGAGGUGGGCGGCAGGAAGGUGAUUGGUCUGGAGUACGAGGCGUACGAGCUCAUGGCCCAAUCAGAGUUCAGGAAGAUCUGUGACGACGUCAGAGCGCGUUGGCCAACCGUGACGCACGUCUGCCUUCAUCACCGACUGGGGUGGGUGAAGGUGGGCGAGGCCAGCGUUGUCGUGGCGAUCUCGUCUCCUCAUCGCCACGAAGGCCAGCAGGCGAUCCAACAUGUAGUGGAGCAGCUGAAGGCCAGCGUGCCGAUCUGGAAGAAGGAAGUGUACGACACGCAGGAGGCGAGCUGGAAGGAGAACGCCGAGUGUCCGUGGGCCCUUCACAAUAAACCUCCCUCCUUCACGCCGUCCAGUGAGAACGUCUGAGCGGCAGAUAUUAAAACAAUUUAAUUAUUAAGAAACCUUUCAGAAUAAUGUUUGUGUGUCUUCGGCCUGAGAAUCAAUAAAGUGUUAUUCAAAGCA